AUGGAAGGUGUUGCUGCCCUGUCGCAUUCCAGACGAAACGAUCUGGAAGCACACCAGUCGGCGAGCGCUCUCUACGACAAACAGUCUUUAAACUGGGUACGAGACAAACCUACUUGCCUGAGCGACUUUACUGGAAGACCUCGCGUGGUCGCAGCUGUGGAAGACGUCCUCUCUAAGGGCGACGCCACGGUGCUCGACGUCGGCUGUGGCGAAGGCUACAUGUCACGAACCUUCAUGGCGAUGGGCGCCAGAAAGGUCAUUGGAAUCGACAUAUCUGAAGAGAUGAUCGCCCGCGCCAACCUCCAAGACACUGUGGACCAGACCAACAUUGUUCUUGGAGCCGCUUUCGAAGUGGGUUUCUGCGACCUUGCUGUGGCUGUUUUCCUCUUCAACUACAUGACGAUCCACGACAUGACCAGUUGCAUGAGCGAUGUCUUCAGCGCUCUCAAGCCGGGAGGUACCUUUGUCUUUAGUGUGCCUCAUCCUGCGAUCAUCCAGUUUACGACGGACACAUUCGGCUUCAAAGGUGAGGCGGGUGACCAAAACCGUUACUUCUCUCUGAGAGACCAAGUCAUCUCGGGCCACAUCAAGAAGACGGAUGGGACUGUUCUGAACGUUCGAAUGGUGUUCAAAACCCUCGACGACUAUUUCAAGGCCCUUUCUACUAUUGGCUUCGAAAUCGUCACCUGUGAAGAGGCUCGAGUGAAGCCCGAGCACAUGGCAUCGAACCCGAGCUUCUUUGCCAGCGUCAGUGACGCCCCUCUUCACCUUGUCUUUAAGGUG